AUGACCGAUUUGUUGCCACCGUCACCUUCGUCACUUGCUCACAUAGCUCGUCCAUUUGCUCCUUCCCCCAGCUUGCUUGGUUCGACCAGCGGGAAGGAGACUAGUUCCUUCGCUCUGGGGAGUCGACCAGAUGCUAAUGCAUCAACCAUUUCCCUGCCUAAUCCGAGUACUUCGACUUGCGGACUCGUCGGCCAUAGCAAAGCUCAACCUGCAAGAUCCUCACAUGGAGCGUCACGCUCGCUCACGUCUGUACCGGUGGAAUUUCCUUGCAUGGGGCCUCCCGUUCGACCUGUUGACUUGUGCUCUCUCAUGGGGUCGCAUGAAGCUACCAAUGCUCACCUGGCCCGAACGGUAGACGACCUUACCAAGUGGUUCAGUGUCCUUGAAGUUGGCUUUGCGAACAUGCUUGAGCAAUCACCCAGCGAUUCCAUCGAAGAGGAGCAAGAAGAGCCGAUGGCCGAGAACAAAUUUGUUGCAGCCAUCGAUGAGAUCGUUCCUAACAAGCAUCCGCCGCAGCGUUCCAUGACAAUUGGGGCUAUUCCUCAGUUAAGCUAG